AUGGAGAAGAGAGAGCCAUCUCAUACCAAUUAUCGGCGUCGCCCUACUCCAUCGAUAACGAAAACCCUUUGGGAGUCUUUGCUGGUCUUCAGUACCCCAGCUCGAGGCCUUAUAUUAGGACUGCUAUGUACUAGCUGGACUUUCAGAGCUCUACCUAAAGUUCUUGCACAAGACCCGGCAGUCACAGAUAGAAGCAGUACUUUCCAGGUUCUCGCAGAUGGCACCCAAGAUUUAGCCGCACUUAUUGGUCUCUUUGCAACGGACAGUGUCGAGCGAUACUCAGUCGACUACUCUAGAGGUUAUCUUUCAGUAGCUGUGGCAACAUGCUCUCUUCUCGGGAUCUUGGGAUAUGUUCGGGCGUUGGUAAAGCUGGCAAUGGGCUCAAAAGCAUGCCAGGACCCAGCAUUUCCCACAGCACCAGUACGGGCCAUCCUUGGCGUAGCAGAAGCUGAUAGGCUGCCAAGAGAGGACCUUGUCGAGAUCAGUUACGUUUCCACGACCACGCGUCUUGGUGUCGUCAGAUUCGAGAUGGUCAAGCGACUGAGACACACGCAAGAGUCAUUCCCGACCUCAAUCAUGAGCUUCCGCUUGAUAUCUAACCCUGACACUUACGGCCGUGCGCUUGUCUUGAACGGGGGGAACGGAAUCCGAGAUAAUUGGACAAAACUCCUCAUCAUCUUUGGGUCUUUGUUGCUCACGGCAGCUGCGACGAGUUUCCCGAUACUCCCGGUCAGUAGCAUCUGGUCAUGGUCCCGAAUAUUCGCAUCGUUUGGAUUGUUCGGUGCUCUGGCUAUCUCGUCGAUAACGUGGGCGUAUGUCUAUAUCAAAGAGCAAACGCCGUCAAUAAUGUAUGAGGAAUCCACAUUCAACGGGCAGCCCAAGCCGAUGAUUGAAUUGAACAAAUUUGCUAUAAUGCAUACAGCACAAGGAGAUGACGGCCCGGUCUUUUGCAAUCUUCAUGCAGUAUCCGGAUACUACGAGAUGGCCUGCAGAGGGUUUUCGCUAAUAGCAGGAGCAGUGAUAGCCGUCGGGUACAUUUCCCAGUAUGUGGAAAUGCUUGACCCUAAAUUCGACGACUAUAUCGACGACAAGGAUCUCAGCGUUUCUGAAAUGUCACUGAGGUUUAACGGCCACGACUUUGCUUAUGUCAUGUUUUGCACACCCUUGUACUCGCCCAUGGAACAGCGCUGGAUUCCCAAGGGUGCGCACUACACUUUAGAGCUCCCGAUUCUACUUUCUCAACGGCUCGGGCAGAUGGAUAUGCUUGAGAUGUUGGAGCAAGCCCACACUAUAGCGUCCAGCAACGACGUAACGGAGCUUAAGAAUUCGCUGGUCCAUGAAUGCACAGCAAUCUGGGACUUCCCUCCGAAGGUCUUCAGUAAAUGGCUUGCAUACAAAAGAGCAGACACCGACAGCGUCCGAAACCCGCCUACCUGGUACAGCUGCAAGAUCGUCAACCUCAGAGGCACUCAGCCCUGGGUGGGCGGCGACCUCGUCUUACUUCCGGUCAUACUCGCCGAAACAGGGAUUGCAGCGCCGGGCAGUACCCAGCAGAAUGCAACAUACAGGACUGCGUUCCCUGCCGCGCCGGUCUCUUUCGGUCCCCCUUUUAGACGUCCGGAGGCACGUGACCCUGAGCUCGUAGAGCAGCUCAGUAAGGCGAUUGAGAAGUUGAGGGACCUUAAGAUCCAGAAGGGACUUCCACCUAUGGCUUUUCCGGCGCCGAGCAAUACGGCCCGCGGCCCUCCGGGCGGAGCGAAAAGUCCAUCUGUUAAGGCUCCAAGUGUUAAAUGUCCAAGUGCCCACAGCCGGACAAGCGUAGCGGCGAGUUCAGGGCAUGAUGUGAUAAUCGAGAUGAGCAAUGUGACGACUGCUUCGCCUCCGAAAUAA